CGCCACGUGGCCCCGUGUCGAUUUCCCUUUAAAUCUCUCUAGUCCCUGGCCCAUGGAGCCCACGCAAGACUACCCACUGUUCGGGGGCGCCUUCUCCGCCACGCUCCCUCCCGGGGCCAUUGACGUGAGCGACCUCCGACCGGUCCCGGACAACCAGGAAGUUUUCUGCCACCGCGUGACGGACCAGAGCCUGAUCGUGGAGCUUCUGGAGCUGCAGGCCCACGUGCGGGGAGAGGAGGCCGCGGGGUACCACUUUGAGGACGUUGGUGGGGUGCAGGGCGCUAGGACUGUUCAAGUGGAGGCUGUGCAGCCCCUCCUCCUGGAGAACCUGGCCCUGAGGGGCUGCUGUGAAGAAGCCUGGGUCCUCUCGGGCAAGCAGCAGGUGGCUAAAGAGAACCAGCAGGUAGCGAAGGACGUGACCCUGCAUCAGGCCUUGCUGAGGCUGACUCCGUACCAGACUGAUCUCCUGCUCACCUUCAAUCAGCCCCCCCCUGACAAUAGGUCAUCUCUUGACCCUGAAAAUCUGUCACUUCCACCCUGGAACCUGGGUGACUUCGAACAGCUGGUGACCAGUCUGACUCUUCAUGAUCCCAACAUCUUUGGUCCCCAGUAAAGAUGCUGAAAUGCUACAUGAUGCCGCUGAAGACUUGGGGACCCGAUUCUGCAAGGGGAACAAAGGGUUGGAUAUAUUCCCCAAAUUCCUUCCCUGUGGAUAAACAUAAGACACCUCUCUGCAGAAAUAAACUUGCUUUAUAACCAA